UUAGGACUCUGUUAGUUUCAUUGAUUAAUCGAAAUAUGCGUUCCAAACUGACUAAAAAUGCAAUCUUUGAAGCUGACAACUCACUUGAAGUCUCUCUUAGAGAAGCUUUUCAGCUUCUGGAGCCCCAACUCAGACCCCCUUUUCCUUUAAAACUUCCAACUCAAGAAGAGUACUUCAACCUGAACAAAGCAAUUCUUUGUGGAAUUUUAUGUGAACCCCACUUGGUCAGAGUCCACAUUAAGCACUUACAUGCUAUUGUCACUGAUGGCUACACUUAUUUUAUAUCCAUGCUUAUCAAGAUUGUUAAUGAGUUGUAUGCCAAACUCGUUGAUUCAGUGAAAACUCAGUUGAUUUGGGUGACGUGUGAAAUGGUGAAUGUGUUGGGAGUUGGAUUUGAUGGUUUAUUGGUGGCCCUUUUGAGGCAAAUUGUUGGUGGUGACUUUAGCGGAGGAAAUUUGUGGUUGUGUUUUGAGAUGGUUAGUCUCUUUAGGGACAAAUGGGAUUGUUUGUUGGAGGAUGAACCUCUAGUUUUGACCAGUGCUUUAUAUGUGUUUCUUCGUUUAUUGGCCGAUCAUUGUAGGUUGCCAAAUGACUCAAAAGUUGAAACCUUGAAGAGGCUUGAAAUUGAUUUUUGCAUUAGGAUGUUAAGGGAGAAAUUUGGUUUGUGUUUGAAGAUUGGAAGAGAUCUUGUUCGGCUUUUACAGGACUUGGUUCAUGUACCUGAGUUUCGCUCAAUUUGGAAAGACUUGUUAUUGAACCCUGGUGUGUUUCAGACUGAUGCAUUUUUAGAUAUCUCACAGCUCUACCUUUCAAGGACUUCUAGUAGGUAUUUUCUGCUGCGGAUAACUCCUGAAAUGGAGAACCAGUUGAGGUUCUUGCUAACGCAUGUUAAAUUGGGAAAUCAAAAGAGGUACCAAGUUUGGUUUGCAAAGAAGUUUCUUGGUGUCCCCGAGAGGGAGACUCUUCUAACUGACAUUGUUAGGUUUAUUUGCUGUGGACAUCAUCCACCUAAUGAGAUUAUCCAGUCAGACAUCAUCCCUAGGUGGGCUGUCAUAGGCUGGUUGCUAAAAUCUUCCCAGAGGAAUUAUGUCGAAGCAAAUGUUAAGCUUGCCUUAUUCUAUGAUUGGCUUUUCUUUGAUGAGAAGGUAGAUAAUAUAAUGAACAUUGAGCCUGGGAUAUUGCUAAUGAUAAAUUCCAUUCCUAGUUAUGUUGACAUAACUCAUACUCUUCUAGAAUUUCUCUUGAUGCUGGUGGAAGACUAUGACAUUGAAAGAAAAGAUGUAAUUGUCAAAGGGGUAUCUUCAGCUUUCACUUUUCUUGUUCGAAAAGGUGUGGUUCGAUCUCUUGAUGCUUUGACUUGUUCUGAUGUGAUCUCUCCUUUUCUCAAGCAAUUGUUUGAAAAAAUCUUCAAAGACAUGUUAGCAAGCCUUUCUGAGAGGGCAGUUGCCAGUCUUCCGCUUAAACCAUUUUCUGCCCCUUCUUAACUGAGUCUGUUCUUAUCACCACCUUUUUGGAUAGUCUGA